AUGUUGGCCGAAGGUUUUCUCAGAGUGCUGCGUUACAGGGAGGAGAGGAAGUUUGCCACUGCUUCAAAGAUAAAGAGAUCGAAGGCACACGCUCAUUGUACGGAUCAGUCGAGCUGUUUUCUCUCCGACUCAAACUCUCCAGAGAUACAGACUGACUCAGCCGAUGCAGGUCCAAACCAGGAAGAACUAAACUCCACCGAAGUCAAGGGACUGAAAGUGUCACCUCAAGGUCCUGCAGGUCUCUUAAUCCCUGGCUGUCCACCUGUCCUCCCUCUGGACUUAGACGAUUGUAGCCUCCUGGAUCAGUACCCAGACCUGCAGGUGGCCGACUCAGGCCGCAUCUCCAACAACCUCCUGAGAGCCAUCGCCCCCCAGCACCUUUAUACCACCAAGCCUCCUGCCCCUGAAGCCUGCCGCAACCCAGACUGGGUGCCCCAACACGGCGAGACCAUCCCAUCCAUACCAGAUCAGGGGUAUCUGGUUAUGGGGGACAGUGUUAACAUCAGCUUGGAUCUGCCUGGAUCAGGGCUGGAGCCGAUGUCUAACUCGGUGCUGAACGGGCUGCUGGACAAAAAGCUGGAGGAGGUGUACAUGCAGCAUCUGACUGACCUGGCUCGAUGCAACUCCCACCUGGGGAACAGCCUCUUGCACGGCCUGGUGCCUCCAGUUCCCAGCAGCCAGCCGCAGGAGCCCGACUAUCUGGGGUCCAUUGUGGAACAGGGAUCAGGAGGGGACAGCAACAAGAAGAUUAGUUAUCUAAGCACCCAGAACUUAGUCCCCUACUCUUCUCACUUCAGCUCCCCUGUGCUGAGGAUUUCAGAUGCUGACACUAUCUAUCCGCAGUGAAUGUAACCAUGCCCGCAUCCUGCAAAAGUCCUCAGUGUGAUGUUCAGCUUGGCUUCUUUUGCUUCUGCAUUUUUUUUCACCUCCAGGUUUUCACAAACGCACAUGCAACUGCGAUAUAAAAACAUGUGCAAAGGAGUAAACAAAUGCUUGUUUUUUAUUUUUGUUUACCUAUAUUAAAGCAAUGUCUUUGUUUACUUGCUUGACAAAAUGAUGCCUCACAUUUACUGCGCUCAUGUGCCACCUGCUGUCAGGUUUUAGAACUACACCAUGCUGUAUUUACCUGAUAAGCAUUGGAAUUUAUUGUAUUGACAUAUCAUAUGGGUAUGUUUAAGGUAUUUAUAAUUUUUGAAGCAAUCCAGCCUAACAUUAUUUACAUUGUUACUGCACAUUGAAGUUGCCCUGUAAAAAAAUGUAUAAACUGAAGUAAAAUAACAUUUAUUAAAAAAACUUUGGAGGACAUUUGGAUUUAAUUCUGCUUUAUUUUCUUUGUUGGCAAGAGAAAUAAGUGUUAAGAUUCAAUAUUGUUCAGCCAUGUCGUCUUAUUAAGUGAUAUAUAGUCUCUCAUGAUAUUUUUUAAAUGCAUGACAUUUAAUAUAAAAAAUAAAUAAAUAAAUAAAUGUUUUAGUAAAAUGGAACUGUCAACUUUAUUGUGAUGUGAUAAAAGCACACAGAUUUACAAUGAAUACAAUUUACUUGCUUAAAAUAUUAUUUCAUUUUCAUUUCCUACAUGACUUAAGAAUGUCUAAUUCUUUUUUCUUUUUAUAUCCUCAGUGGUGGAAGAAGUAUUCAGAUCUCUUACUUAAGAAGAAGUACUAAUGCCACACUGUGAAAUUACUCUGUUAUACAGAAUGACCCCACUCAGAUUGUUUUAUAUAUUCUACAUAUAUUAUUAGAUUUGUAUUGAUGCAUUUAUGUAAGCAGUGUUUUGAUUUUCUCAAGAUAGGGCUCAAUUAAACUACUUAAUAUACUGUUAUGAGGUUGGAAUUGACCUACUCAGAUUGUUUUAUAUAUUCCAAAUAUAGUAUUGGAUUAUUAUUAUUAUUGAUGUAUGUAAGCAGUGUUUUGAUUUUCUCAAGAUAU